CAACUUCUCUUUACUGCACCGUGUUCAUCUCUUGGUGCUGUGUUUAUUUCCAAGAAAGAGCAUGUUUUUGGUAAGAGAACGUUUGCGACAAAAGCUCAGUUCUCAGACGUUGAUGGAGGUGAAGCGGCUUCGUUGGAAGUUCCGGGGUAAUGAUACGAUAGUUGUGAACAGGGUCUCUGUGGAAGUUCUCUGGGAUGUUCACAGUUGGUUCUUUGGGGUACCAUCAUCACCAGGGAAUGCUGUGUUUAUGUUCAGGACUUGCCAAGCUGUUGAGAAGACCUUGUCUUCCACGCAGGUCCCAACGAGCUUGAAACCUCAGAGUUUUGGGUUUACAUUGUUUCUGUACGCUUGGAAGAACGAGUAGAGGAGAAGUUUUGAGAAGAUUAAAAAAAAUGAACUGUUGAUUCUUGUUUAUUUAUUUAUCAUAUGAUCAGUUUCAUAUGUUAGAGUAUGUACAUUAGACUUGUAAAGACUUGUUCAAACUCAAUUGCUUUGGACCUUUGGUCCUAUUAUCAAUGAAUUGUCCAGAUACUCUGUUUUGUUCAUUAGGUGCAUA